AUGGCUCCAGGUAAUGGGCAAACCCCUCCUAAUGGAGAUAGGGAUCUAAAUCAGACAAUAGGUGAAAUGAUGAGAUCUAGAAUUUCUCGUGCAUCCACUUCCGGGAACCCAAUAGAUAACAAUGCGUUGAUGGAUCUGCUGCAAGCGGUGACAACUGUAGUCACCAGACAACAAGAUCAAAUUGAUCGUAAUCAGACGAAUGGUCAAAAUGAGGAGCACCCAAAAUUAAGAAGUGGCAUGGGAGAAUUCAAGAAACUAUCUCCACCCAGUUUUGAGGGAACAACUGAUCCCAUGAUUGCUAAGCAUUGGAUCACAGAAAUGGAGAAGGUCUUCACAUACAUGAAAUGCCCUGAAGAGGAGAAGGUUGAUUAUGCAGUAUACAUGUUAAAAGACCGCGCUUACGGGUGGUGGCAAAUGCAGGUCAGGACGUUGGGAGAGAAAGCAUACAAGUUAUCAUGGGAGGAGUUUAAAAAGAUUUUUUAUGAAAAAUAUUUUCCUUCAACUGUUCGUAAACAAAAAGAACAGGAGUUUCGAAAAUUGGAGCAAGGUGACAAGACGGUAGCUGAAUAUGAAGAAGAGUUCACUUAUCUAUCAAAGUUUGCCAUUCACUUGUUGGGUAAUGAGGAAGAUAGAGCUCGUCGCUUCGAGGAAGGGCUUCGACCGGACAUUCGGAAGACGGUCAGUGCAUUUGAACUCCCUACAUAUGGAGAAGUGUUAAAGAAAGCUUUGUUAAUUGAGAAAAAUGAAAUUGAUACAAAGCCAAAGAACGAGACGAGCAGCUCCUACCCAAAGAAGCGGUUCUGGCAGGAUAAUCGCGGAGGAAAGAACAAGAAUUGGAGAAACAAGAAGCAAAAUUUUGGACGCAGAGAGGAGCAAUUUCCAAAUCAGAAAACUUUAAGAUGUGAUACUGGCCAGUCCAGUGGUGGGAAUCGGUAUCCUCAAGCCAAGGCCCGAGUUUAUUCUUUGACUGAGAAGGAAGCAGAAGCAAACAAGGAUGUGGUGACAGGUACGCUAACUUUUGCAUCAGUUCCUGCUCGAGUACUAUUUGAUUCUGGUGCAUCGCAUUCCUUUAUUGCUGCACAGUUUGUUAAGAGAAACAAAUUUCAAUGUGAUACCCUACAACAAGAAUUGCUUAUUAGUACACCUGGAGAGCUGCAAGUAUUUUCCAAGAUUGGAUCUUGCGUUCUUGGUUACUAUCAGUUAAGAUUAAUACGCGGAGAUGUGCCAAAGACUCGUGCAUUUCGCAACUGCGUUAUGAGCGUUAUUGGUCCAGUGGCGUACAGAUUAGCAUUACCCCAGGCUCUGUCUGGAGUUCAUGAUGUAUUUCAUAUAUCCAUGCUUCGAAAAGUUCAUUCCGAGAUACCAAAUGAGAUUGUUGAGUUGUCUCAGUAG